CUGGCUGGUCCCACCAACCCGCACCGCCACAACAGCUGGGGGAGGAUUUCCGACCCAGUCACAGCGAAGAUGGUGGCAGCUACAGGAGUGGAGGCAGUACCUUCGCCCGGAUAAGACGGAAAACCAGCCGCAAAACUCCCGCUGUAGGUCUGUUUUUAUUUAGCCCACCCCUCCAACUCCAGGAGAGAGAUAUAUCAGGGGGAAAAGGGUGGCAACCAGCGGCGGACGGAAGAGGACGCACCACAGCCAGAGCGCACAGUGUUGUGUUUGUUGGACACAUGCAUGCCAGCGAAAACUAGUGCUAUCCAGACCUAAGGAAUUGGUUGAGAUAAGGAGACAUUGCUGCUUGUGGGGGCGGUUUUUGAUAAUCCCACCGAGGAGGUAUCCAAGGGGUUUCCUUUAUUGCUCUGGGGAUUUUCUACUUCUUUGCUCUGGGGGAAUGCGAGGGGAGGAAAUCCAGUCCUCAGCUCCAAAUAACCAGAGACUCCUAACUGGGUCUCCUCUCCAAACGCAGGAAAUACGGCCUGGGAAAAAAGUUUGGGAGCUUUUGGUAACGAGAGGGGGCCUAUCGCUGACGUUUUGCACGCGUUUUACGACUUGAUUUCAAAGUAUUACGUUUUGUUUUUGUACCAAACGCCCCUGCUACUCCACAGAAUAAGUUGAAGAAAAGCAUUCAAGUGUUACACGCCGUCGGUGUUGUUAUUGCAAGAGUUUUGAUCAUCACUAUUUAUAGACCAGCCUGUUCCGACCGAGGCUGUUCCUCAUAGCUGUAUGUUUUGCCAACUGCGCGCAACAAGUUGCAGACACUCCCAGCAGAGGCAAACGUACGCUAAUUUGGGCCACCGGAUGGUAUUUUCUGCGCUUCUCUUUUCGGAUUACGCGUCUUUGAAUAGCGCAUACCCCUCCCCGACCCCCUCUUUGGAAGGCAGAGGGGGAAUAAACGGUGGAGAUCCGGAGAGGGAGUUCAGGAAAGGACGGGGCUGGAUCCGUGGGAAUAGGCCUGCCUGUCAGGCCUCUUAUGAUCUGACUCUUGGACUGGACAGGGCUCCAAAAUAACUCAGUCUGGAAUAUUUUGCCCGCUGGAAUAAAGAUGGACGGAGAAUGUAUGAGAACGAGAAAUGCAUAUCCAUAGCACACUGAGCAGCACAGGAGAAGGGAUGUAGUGGAAGGUAAAGUCGCCUUAAUCACAGAUCACCCACUUUUUCUAUCUUAAUUAACGGAAUUGUCAGUUUACCCACAUUUUAAGUUGGCAUUACGUUUCAUGUACAGUCACAGCAUAAAAAGUCAACACGUAAUGUAAAACGGGAGUGAUUCUUUUUUUUAAGAAGGGACUGAUAAGUUAUUUCUUUGACAAUAUUUCCCCUAUAGUUUUAAUGCUUUCUGAUGACAUGUCCACAGAUAUCUUAUUCCUAGCACUAGCGGUUGAUAACCACAAGACUUUGGGAGUGUUUUUGAGAGGUGAAAGGACGCGUAAAUUGACCUUUUGUAUGCGCAUGUUGUGGAGAUAAGAGAGACAGAGUAACUUUUGUAGCCACUUGCUGUGCACAACGCCAACUGUUGACAGCCUGUAUCUGUGUCUGCUCUUUACAAUGAAGCCCUGGACCUGAGCGCUGGGGUUUUUUUUCCCAUACCCCCCACCCCCACACAAACAAACGUUAUUUUGGAAUGAAGAAAAAAUCUGGGCAUUUUUCCUGACGCUGUCUGACUUUGUAAUGUCAGCGGUAUCGAAACAUUGCGCACAUCCAGAGGGGGUAAUUUCCAGUCAUGUAACGUCAGGACUGACUUGAUGAAGGCAUAAGAAGAAGAAGAAGAAGAAAAAAAGCCGUUGCAUCACUAACCAGUCCUUUCCGAGAAGGAUGUUCAAUUCAGGAGGCAGAAAGAGUGAUGACAGUGUUUUUACCGCAGCUGGAGAGAAAGCCGGGCUCAAACCCAGAGCCUCUUUGGAGAAGGAUACAUGUAAUGUGAGUACUGACGCAAACCCGGGGUCGGAUAAUGAACUGCUCAAGAAACUGGAACGGCGCGUCUUGUGUGAGUGAGUGUGCAGGCUGCUGUGUGCGUAGCAAAGACGUCUGUGCCGUGCUCACCAUUCAUGCAGUGUGAUUAUUCCAACAAACACCUUUGCUCUCUCUCCCCCUCUCUGUCUGUCUGCCUGCCUGUCACUCUCUCUCGCCGCCGCCUUCUCCCUCCUCUCCGUGCCACAUGUGCACAAACGGCGCCCACACACCGCGUCUAAUUGCCUGAGCGCCAUCAGAAGAGAUAUUAUUAAUAUUUAACACCUCUCCCGAACACCCCCCCCCACCCCCUCCUCCUCCACCCCCCUCGUUUCCGCGUCACACCAGUCAAUAUGGCCACUCUGCAACAUCACCGGCAGCUUCUCAUGCAUGGCACGGAAGUGAGCUGCGACUCCAGCGGGGAUGGCGCCUUGACCGUGCGGAUUACCAACAGCGCGCCACACGUGCAUCAACAUGAACCACUGAGGGCUGCCAACAGUGGAGCAGGAGGAGGAGCUGGAGGCUAUGGGGCUGUGAGUAAAACGAACCCUAACCUCCACAAAUACAGCAUCUCCUCCAGCUGCAGCUCAGCAGACUCCAGACCGGCUGUGACCUCCACUUCCAGGGUGCAAAGGAAGGCUCCGCCUUUGUUUGAACGCUCUGCUGCCCAGUGUUGGGACCCCAAGUUUGACUCCCCCAUCCUGGAAGAGGCGUGCCAAGAGAGGUGCUUUCCUCAGACGCAGCGGCGCUUCCGUUAUGUCCUGUUCUACCUGGCAGUGGCAGCUUUAUUCUGGGGGGUGUACUUUGGGGUCAAUAGUGACCGCUGUGACCCCAUGACCUUCCUAGCCCCCACGGCCUCCUUUUUGGUUCUUCUAGUGCUCCUCUUUUUGUUCACCUUUACCCAGCCCUACACUCGGCUGUACAACCAAACAUCCUUGCUCCUGAUAGCAGUCACCUUUGCCAUCACCUUAGCUCCACAGAUACAGACUGCUGGUUACACUGAGCUGGAGUGGGCUGGUGGUGGGAAUGCCUCCUAUCUGUCACUAGACAAGCAAGCACCACCUCCAACUCAUUGCAUCUCCCCUGUAGGCACCUUUUCGCUGUGCAUGGAGGUUCUGCUGCUGUUAUACAGUGUCCUCCAUGUCCGUCUGUAUGCCUCAGUGAUGCUGGGGUUCCUCUAUUCUAUAUUAUUUGAGGCAUUAGGAUGGCUACCGUUGCUUCAAAGGAGUUAUGACACUACCGGAUGGGGAACAGAGUUAGCGGGUUCAGUUUCUGACUGGGAAGGAGACACUCUCCGCUGGCUAGGCCCAGCCAAAGCCCUGCUCCACUUGUGUGCCCACGUCAUUGGCAUCCACCUGUUCAUCAUGUCGGAGGUGCGUUCCCGCAGCACCUUCCUCAAAGUGGGCCAGGCUAUCAUGCAUGGCAAAGACUUAGAGGUGGAGAAAGCCUUGAAGGAACGCAUGAUCCACUCGGUCAUGCCGCGGCGAGUUGCAGACGAACUGAUGAAGCAGGGUGACGAUGAGGGCGGUGGUGAGAACUCUGGCAAGCGUUAUUCCUCCGGUGCUUGCUCUGCCUCAGCCGUCUCAGUGGGUGGUGGAGGAAGUGGUGGAGCUUCACAAGCCCAAAGUGCCACAAGCCCCAAAAACCACCCUCACAACAAUCACAAACGCAAGAAGACCUCCAUCCCCCGUGGACAGAUAAUAUUUAGGCCCUUCAACAUGAAACGCAUGGAGCCUGUCAGCAUCCUCUUUGCAGACAUUGUGGGUUUCACCAAAAUGUCUGCCAAUAAGUCGGCACCAGCCUUGGUGGGCCUUCUGAAUGACCUGUUUGGACGUUUUGACCGACUCUGUGAACUAACUUGUUGUGAGAAGAUCAGCACUCUGGGAGAUUGCUAUUACUGCGUAGCAGGGUGCCCUGAACCCAGACCGGACCACGCCUACUGCUGCGUAGAAAUGGGCCUGGGCAUGAUCCAGGCCAUCGAGCAGUUCUGCCAGGAGACAUGUGAGACAGUCAGCAUGCGUGUUGGCGUCCAUACGGGCACAGUCCUGUGUGGGAUCCUGGGAAUGAAGCGCUUCAAGUUUGAUGUGUGGUCAAAUGAUGUCAAUCUGGCUAACUUGAUGGAGCAGCUGGGUGUGGCAGGCAAGGUCCAUCUGUCAGAAGCCACUGCCCGAUUCCUGGAUGACCGUUACCAGAGGGAGGAUGGGCGGGUGGCAGAGAGAGCCGGGCAGAGCGCGGUGGAGAAACUAAAGGGACUGAGGACCUACCUGAUCUCAGGGAAGAAAUUGGAGCAUGAUGUGCAGUGUGGCUGUUCUCAGAUGGGACUGCCAAGUGGGGAUUUUGUAGGGGUCGGCUUGUCGUCCUGUCCCCAGCCCUGCACACCGGACCUCAUCCCCGGAGGAGCCCAGGCUACAGAGCCCCUGUUGUCUCAUCAACCACCAGACAGGAUCGGGCCUCCCUGUGUGUCCCGUAGUGUGGCCUUGUCUGCGGGAGCAGAGCAGGGUGAUGAUGUGGCUGUGUUGAAUGGCUGCCAGGAAGAGCACAAGACUACUAGUGCCAAGUUCAUCCCAGGACACAGCCCCAGGGCGGCCAACGGCCUCCUGAGUCCCCCGCUGGAAGACCCGGUGCGAGCUAGCCAGAGCUCCCUGUGUGACAUGCUCCAGGAGAAAGAGAAGAAGACUAGCACUAGCACAGGGACUGGCACCAGUCUAGGCAUGACUGGUGGCACGGGGACAGCGGGUCCAGGCAUGGAUCACUCCGCCCUGAUCCAGCUGCGUGCCAAGAACUUCAGAGAAAAGAGUGAUGCCCACUUUGUGGAUGUUAUCAGGGAGGACAGUCUGAUGAAGGAUUACUAUUUCAAGCCACCCAUCAACAAGGUCAGCCUCAAUUUUCUAGAGAGACCUCUGGAAAAGGCCUAUCGCAGCAGCUACAAGGAGGAGGUGAAAAACCAGGCUCAGGUGCAGACAUUUGCAAGCUCCACCUUCAGCUCCUUCCUGGAUGUUCUCCUCAGCUGUUUUGUCUUCUUGGCCCUGACCCUGGCCUGUUUCCUUCCACCUCUCGUGAGCCCAGCCACUGUUGGCUCUCCAGCUCCCGCCGCCCUGGCCUUGGCUCCCUUGGCUGGUCUGUUGGAGCUGGCCUCCCUGGUGCUGUCCAUACGUAUGGCCUUCCAUUUGGAGGAGGUGAUGAACUGUACUCAUUCCCUGCUCUUGGUGGUCUCUGGGUGGGUUCCCCGUCAUGUGGUCGGGGCUGUGUUAGUUUCCCUCCCUGCCAUCUCUGUCUUAUCCCACCUCACCUCCGGUGUCCACCUGCCCCUCCAGGUGACCAUGUUCCUGUGCUGUGCCACCAUCCUGGCCAUCAUCCAGUAUUGUAACUUCUGUCAGCUGAGUUUUUGGAUGCGGUCAGUGCUGGCCACCACUACAGGGGUCGCUCUGCUGCUGUUGCUGUACAGCCCCUUACACAGGUACAGCUCUGGUAAUAACAGCUUGCCAGUUCAUGGACUGAACAUCUCCGCAUCGAGUGUCGCUAAGUUAGAACUGGGCCCUGACCCACGACCUCUUGACCUUUUGGUCCCAGAGGCUGUCCUGGCCUUCUUCCUGCUUCUUCUACUGGUCUGGUUCCUCAACCGUGAGUUUGAGGUCAGCUACCGUCUGCAUUACCAUGGCAACGUGGAGGCUGACAAACAUCGCUCCAAGAUCCAGACGAUGCGAGACCAGGCUGAGUGGUUACUGGGCAACAUAAUUCCCAUCCAUGUUGCUGACCAGCUCAAGGUGACCCAGAGCUACUCCAAGAACCACAACAGUGUGGGUGUAAUCUUUGCCAGUAUUGUAAACUUCAGUGAGUUCUAUGAAGAAAGCUAUGAGGGUGGAAAAGAGUGCUACCGCGUCCUCAAUGAGCUAAUAGGAGAUUUUGAUGAGCUCCUUCGUAAACCUGAAUUUAAAAGCGUUGAAAAAAUCAAGACAAUCGGUGCCACCUACAUGGCAGCGUCGGGACUGAAUGUCCGGCAGCGGACUGAGGAUGACGUUGACUCUCCACACACUCACCUGAAGGCACUUUUCAACUUUGCCCUGGAGAUGAUGGGUGUCCUGGAUGACUUCAACAAAAACAUGCUAGGUUUUGGGUUCAAGCUCCGCAUUGGAUUUAACCACGGGCCGUUAACAGCGGGGGUGAUUGGCACUACUAAGCUGCUCUAUGACAUCUGGGGAGACACGGUCAAUAUUGCCAGCCGCAUGGACUCCACCGGUGUGGAGUGUCGGGUGCAAGUGAGCGAGGAGAGCCAUGCUUUGCUCAGCGCCAUGGGUUUAGAGUUUGACUAUAGAGGUACCGUGAAUGUUAAGGGCAAAGGUCAAAUGAGGACCUUUCUGUACCCGAAAAGUGGGGAAAGUAUAUGUCAAGAUGCCCUGGAACAAGCCAUCGGAGUCGGACCUUCAUCCGUGGCAUUACCGGCCAAUAAGACUUCAGGAUCUGUUGCCCAGGCAGCAGCUCUUCCUGCCUCUUCUUCCUCUUCUUCCACUCCUCCUUCCUUCUGUCUUUCCACACUCCCUCCUCAACCCCAAAGCGCUGUUAGGCCUUCAGGAGCAGGGCCUGAGCCUGUCCCAGUUAAGUCCACAGAGGUCAGGGAGGAAGGAUAUAGGGACGCUCCACACCUCCACAGGCAGUCCCCGGCCACAGACAUUCACACCCCUUCCCGCUCUGAACUAGGCCCAGAACCUAGUGCUGCACAAGUGCCCUCCCAGGUGCAGCCUGCUCCUCUCGCACUUCAAGAGGAGGAAGAUGAAGCAGAAGAGGCCAGUGAGCUAACAAAACUCAACGAGGAGUUUUAUGCUCGUCUCUGAUCCCUCCUCCCCUUCCCCUGUCUUCUGUCCCCCUGCUGCCCCCAGCUGCUGCCUCUCCAGGACUGAUUGCAGGUGUGGGCAGGAUGUCCCUUCCAUUAGGCAAGUGUCUUCGGCAUGGAUGAAGAAGAGGGAGUUUGUCGCUCCAACACAAACAGUGGCUACAAAUGGCUAAAAAUGUUGCCUGAGUGCUUGGGUGGGUUAGACCUGUGUUGAGCACAGCAGUUUAUAUUGGAGAAAAGGCUGAAAGGGGGUGAGAGGGAAAGGAAGAUUUGUUGGUGUUGUUGUUGAUGUUUUUUCUUAUUCAUUUUUGUUAUUAAGUGCCUUCAGGACUAGACAGUGAACAAACAAAUAUGAAUACUGAACAAAGUUUUAACAAUCUUAGACUACGGAACAUGCUGUGGUUUCUUACUCCAUGCUCUUAUUUUCAAUGCAAGUAUUUCUUAAGAAAAAUCAUUAUUGUUGUGCCAUAUCAUUUGUUUUAACUUGAUCAAAGUCUUGACCUUACUUAAGGGAAAAUAAUUUUAGAUUCUAUAUAAGUGCCAGUGCAGCAUGAUGGGCUGAGCAGGGAACUAAGGGAAGAAUGAGGGAAUCACAUGAAGCAGUGUUAAUUUAUGUAUUCUGCUUUGACAUGAGGGCUUAAUACAGUAUUCAAUUGUGCUAGAGUCUCACUAAAGGGGGACAUGCUACAAAGCAGGCUGCAUAGUUUUUAGCUUGUGUAGCAGCUAAAUGCACAUUUUAAGCACAGGUCUUGCACAGUGUUUUCUCGACCACUUGUAUUUGGUAGUUAUUACAGUGAGAAAGCUUGUUAAGAGUUUAAACAAGAGUUCUUGUCUUUCACAACAAGUACAAUCAAAAGCACAAAAUCAAAUCCGAUAAGGGAAUAAUAGAUCUGGAAGAAAAGGUGUUUUUUUUUAAAAGUGAGAUCAUCACAAAAGCAAAGCAGGAAGGCACUUUAAAUAUACUUAAAGUGAUACUCUACAUUUGAGUAAGAAACACUCACCCCAUCUACACUUGAAAGGUGGCUGUAAAAAUGUAGGUUUGUCCUAAGAAGGCUUAGGGUGACUCUGGUUAAAUUGGACAGAAACUUCUCAAACCAAUCCUGCACUAUAAUCCACUUUUCUGCUGUCAUACAUAUUAUUUCUACCAAAGUAUGGCUAAAUAUUCUGCUCCAGUGUCAGUCUGCUUUUUCAUUGGGUCAGAACCACUCUAUUGGAGCUUACUCACAGACUAGAUUGAAAGCAGUUGUGCUGCAUAAAAAAAAAGCAAACUAAAACCUUUUUACACCCACCGUUAAGGGAUAAGACUGACUGAUUCUAUAUUUUAGUUGUUGCUGAAAAAAUCCCAUGAAAAGACCAAAACCAACAAUGUGUAAAAGCAUUUUUCUAUACUUUUUCACCCUGUCUGCAGCUCUCAGCCCAAAUUUUUGUUAUUUUAAGGGCGCACUAUAUGCCUUUUGUAUUGUAGCAGUGAUGACAGGGGACAAGUAGAGAGAAAGUUGGGGAAUGACAUGCAGCAAAGGUCCCCCGGCUGUACAUGAACCAGGGACGUUGCUUUUUGGUUUGCAUCUUAACACACAGGCCGCCAGGGCAGUAAAUAUAAUGUACUUGUUGGGGUUAUUUUUAGUGGCGGAUUGGUGCUGUAGUGAGUAUUAACAGCAGCAGGACAGUGUAUGUGAGAAACUGUAAAAUAAAUGACAGAGCCUAAGUUUGUUCUAUGAAGGAACAUGUCACCCAGCCUAACAGUGGGCACUAAUGCAGCACAGAGAAGUAAGAUAUAUCAGGGUUUGGAUACACUUGUUAGUAGACUCUAUUCAUUGUUUUGGUCGUUUCAUGGGGUAGAAAUACAGAAUAUCACCAGAUUUUAUCCUUUAAAUGCUACAGUGGGGUGAAGGUUUGAUACCCAAAAAUUUUGGGUGGAGUAGCACUUGAAGUGGGACUGUGAGGGACAAUCACUGUGUAGUUAUUGAUAAAUGAUAGGGUGGUUCAUGUUGCUGUUGGUGAAAGUGUCAAAGCACAGAUUGACUACAGUUUCUACAGUACUGUGUGUAACACCUCAGACUCAGAUUUAGUGACGUUCCAUUUGUUGCUUUCAUUGCUAGAAGAAAAAAAAAAACAAGAACAAAACAAACAUUGGUCAGUCCAUCACUAUAGAUUUAUUCAAUAGUUCAGUAUUGUCUGCCUUUAGCUGUGUGAUUUGCUGUUGAAGGGGUGGGACUUUUAACUUUGAUCCUGUCACGGCCUCUUCACUGAGGGGAGCCUCUACUGUAUCAAUAUACUUAAAUUGUGCCACUUUAAUUGAGUGAUCUAUAGGUGCAGUGCAACCUAAACUAGCUGAUUGUUUUGUGGUGCCUAAAAGUAUGACUGUAUUUUUUGAGUACUUUGGAUUUCAGAAAGUUUUUUUUUAUCAUGCUGUUGUCAUAAUGAGGAUAGAUUAUGAUUGUAUGUUUGAGGAAAUUAUGCUUGUUGUGCAGGUUUUGCUGCAUUUUUUUUUUUAGACAAAUUCCAUCUUUUUUUUUGUUGUUCUUUUCCAGUUCUUUCAUUCUGUCAUCAACCGGCCGCCUGGAAUAAUGUGGUGGUGUUCCCAUCGAGUACCUGGCACCUCUGUAGUUCUCUUUGCUCUUAAUCACUUCAUGCUGUGUCUUUACCCCUGAAAGCACUUGUUUCCCCCUUGUACCUUGUGUGAUUGUGUGUGUGUGUGUGUGUUUGUGUAUGUGUACGUGUGUGAGAAAGAUAUCUAAGUUUUACUCCAAGUCAAUAACACAGAAGAGAUCACUGUUAUAUGAUGCAAAAGGAAAUCAAUCAACCAAAUGGCCACUGUUUAACUGUGAUGUUGCUGUCGCUGCCUUAAGUAGAGGAAUUACAUGCAUAAAGCUGCAUUCUUUGAAAGGGAGAAAAGAAAAACCCUGAAGUUUGAAAUCUGUAUAACGAUCCUGCAAAUACAUAUCACCACCACAUGUUUGGGCCAAAGAAUCUUGCUUUGAGAAGCUACAACCACACACGUGGAUACAAAGACAGCACGAAAAAGUAGAAACCAACUCCAUUUAUGUAGCCGUCUACAUCUGUAGCAUCAAAAGCAUCUUUGUUUACCUCUGCCAUUGUGCACUACAAACUCACGCAACCCGUGCCUUUUGAAUGAGGAAUAUGUGAGCAGUGAUUAUUUGUAUCAAAUAAUCAUGAUAACCUGAGUAGCAUAAAUACCCUGAAAUCCCAAAGAAGUUUCUGUAGGAGCUGUCAUCUCAGAAUAUCAUGGCACAAAAAUAGCUACAAGAUUUGCUUUGUUGGCCAAAAUCCUUUUCACUGGUUUUAAUAUUUUCUAACAGGCACAUCUCGCGUUGUACUCUUGUAAUGCAUAUUGUCAACAAGCUCAUGUUUGCCAAACCUAAUAAACCAUAGCACAAAAAGUUAUGGAAACAAAUAAGAAUAUCAGGUGUCAGUUGUGAAGGAAAGCCCCCCCCCCUCUUGGUGCACAUUUUCCAGAUUACCCUCCUGCCUUACGUUAUUAGAUAAUCCUCUGUGAUUUUCAGGCUGUUGCACUGUAGCUGUCCAUAUCCGAAACUGUCCAUAGUAGAUUUGAGGUGUGGGACUCCACAGGUUGAUGGGCACACCACCUCUCCAAUAGCGCACAUCUGUACACACGUAUAAAUAAAACAUUAAAGUGAACACUGCUGGCUCUGUGAUCUGUGAUACAGUUGGGGGGGUGGGUGGGGAUGAGUGAGCGUGAACUUGUUUGCAUGGGAAUGGAUGGACAAUUUUCCUCUUUGCUAGACACACUACAUUUUAGUUUGAUUCUGCACCAUACUCUCAUCCUUGUAUUUCAUUUCAGUGUCAUUCUUUCUCCACUUAUGUUGAACAUUAAGCAUGUAUUGCCAACACGCAGGAUUCCUCAAAUCACUAAGCUUUGCUCAUUUAAAGUUACGUGGAUUUCACCCCUCUCUGACGCUGUAUUGUCAGAUGAUGUGUGUAUGACAAGGUUUCUUUUAGUUUUGGCAGAGGGAAAGAAGAGUUCCUAGAUGUCCAGUGCUCCAAAUAAAAGAAAACAGCUGAAGUUUAAGGGAUUCACUCAUCCAUUUUUGUUGAAGAAGUGUGAUUCUGCUCUGUGACAGAAAAAAAGGGAGAGGCAUAAAGGAAUAGAGUGUUUUAUUCGCACUUGUUAAAAGCAUCACAGCAAAAUAGCAUUGCCUAAUCACUCAUUUAAAUGGUGACAGCUCCACAUGUUUUCAUGAUACAUUUUCUAGUAAAUUCAACCCGUAUGUGUUUUUAAUUACACUGGGACAAAAAUUAGACAGAGUUGUUUUUAAAUCUUUGUGUAUUUGCUUUGUUUAUGAAUGAGAUGUAUUAUGUAUGUUUUGUGCACAAUACCCAUGUUAUCAUUUAUCAACACAUGAUCGUAAUCUGUACACAUUUGCACAAAGCACUCAGUGUUUGUACAUAUGCAGUUAUUUUAUGUCACAUAUGAUUUUUUUAUACAUGUGCAUGUGUCAGACUUUGCCAGAAAACAAUGAAAAGAGACACAUAUUAUCAAACAGAUUCAAUCUGUGUCUGUUUGAGUAAGUGUGAGUGUUAUGAUUUUAUUACCCUUUUCUUUUCCAGUAUGAGAGAAAUAAAUCUCAAAGCAGAAAAUAGUUGAGUGCGCUGUGAAGUAUCAAGUGAGGAUGGGUUCAUGUCGAAGCAUAUAUGCACAUUAGUCGGAUAAUCAGACUGAAUUGCCACUGUUUUUCAGUUUUUUGAAAAAAGAAAAAAAAAAAGAUGUGGGCAGCGAUUUAGAGGCCUGGAACCAGGCUAUACACACAUUGAAAUUUAGCCUAAUUUUAGGCUCACCAAAAUCUACAUGGUUCCAACACUGGCAGCAGGGUGGAGGUCUUUGAUCAGCCAGCUAAUAGCCAACGUUGGGUAUCUACAGUAUAUUUUACUAAAUAUUCAGUCAGUACCUAUGUAAGUGCAUAAUUUGCUUUAGACGUGUAGUCAUUGACUUCUAGCAGCAGAGUAAAAGAAAGAUGAGAGUGUAGACAUUAAAAAUAACACAGAUCAGUAAAAUGUAAUCCAAAAGGAAAUCAGUGAACUACGCAGUCACCAACUGACUGUUGGCAUCUGCUGUUGUUUUUUGUUGUAGCCUGUACACAUCUGCAGGGACGACUGACAUUCUCUGACAUACUCUGCGUUACAUUUGUGAUAAAGAAAAUCAUAUUAUUGUUAUUGAAAAAUAAAUGUUAUGAUCAUUUUUACUUCAA